AUGACGUGCGAGCACGCUAUACGAGGCAACGAAGGAACGAUACCGGUACCCGCGGAGGAAGUAGCGGCGAUCGCCACUACGCUGCACCAGUUGACGACGGUCGUGGCAAGUCUCCACGUCCAGGUUGCGAAAAACACGCGUAGUCGAGGGCAGGCGCGCGCGGAAAUGGCCCAACGAGGAGAAUAUGAGUGGCAGUCAGAGGCGCGUGGAAGUCGUUUCAACGGCGGCGAGCCGUACUCCGGCAGGUCCAGUGACGACGGAGGUGCCGCCGACUACUUCACCAACAACGACAACGACGGCGACAGCGACAGCGACUAUAGCACCGGAGAUGGCAGCCAUGACGGCAGCCAUGCAGCAGCUCAUACGAUGAUCACACGUCUGCAGCCACCAACGCCGAGCAAUGAGGCGCACGGACAACGAUCUGCACCGCGUGAACGAAGGAAACGUGAUGAACGUGUGAGUGUGACGCCUGGAGCGCCUGACGACGGCGGAAGCUCUUCUGAGUCAAGCAACAGUUCGAGUGAGAGCAGCUCGGGUGACGACAGCGACGGCGACGGCCAAGGUGAUGAGAGCGACGGUGGCAGCGACGAAGGCGGUGAUGGCGGCGGUUCGGGCGGUGGCUCGAACGUCGAUGCUAACGGACGGCACCGACGGAACGGACGACGAACGCAACGUGCGCGAGAACCACGGCGCAAGCGUGUCAAGGAUCUGGAGCUUCCGACCUACACGCCUUCCCCGAAGGUAUCUGUUUUGACGUGA